UGUUCCACGUAACCAUGUGUAUCGAAGAUACUGCACCCGUGCAAAGCUGAUUAAUUAUUGUCAAUGACGGAUUGUGCUACUGGGUGAUUACAAUAACUCUUCUUUUUCCUCCGAAAACAAAGAAACGGGAGAAGUUGAAAACAGGAGGGCUGUCAAGCAGACAUUUUACAGCUGAUAACUCCAUUCAGUACUAGCAAAAUGAGUGUUGUUGGGAAAGUAGUGGAAUUCGAUUCUCUGGCUGGAGAUAUCCAGGAAUUGAUUAAAGCAGGGGUGGAUGCUCGUACGUACUCAUAUUCCCCUUAUAGUAAAUUUAAAGUUGGUGCGGCACUUCGGUGUGAAGAUGGAACAAUAUGUAAAGGUUGCAAUGUCGAAAAUUCAGCAUAUCCUGUAUCUAUUUGUGCCGAGCGAACUGCAAUUACUAGAGCAGUUUCGGAUGGUAAGAGGAAAUUUGUGGCGCUCGCAAUAAUUGCUGACUUAGACAAUACUUUUGUGUCACCUUGUGGCGAAUGUCGGCAAUGUAUUAUUGAGUUUGGAGAUAUACCAGUUUAUUUGGCAAAAACAAGUCUGGGAACUGUGUUUGAAACUUCAGCUGCAAAUAUGUUACCACUCGCAUUCACCCACCUAGAUACUUCUAAAAAAUAGUUUUCCAACUUAUUAUGAAAUUCCUUGAUGACACUCUUUAGAACUUGUUGAUUAUUUUUAAGUGUACACUUGACGAAUUUUUUCUGAAAAUACAUGUGCAUACAUAAUGUAAUAUAUUGACAAUUAGCGGAAAAAACUUAUUAGACUAUAUAUAGGGAAUAUGCUGAUCUUGUAAUUACUGAUAUUUACAUCUUGUGAAUAAUGUAUUGACUAAUGGCGUGACGAUCGUUAAUAAUGUAAUAAUGUAAUAAAGUGUGUAAAUUUUUAAUAUCCCACCACUUAUCAAUUUCAAAAUAUUCCAACAAAUCCAUAAAUGGCAGCCUAAGGUGCCAAUUAACUCUACAGUUGGUGAAGUUGAAUUCACAAGUUUCUGAGCGAAUUAAAUCCAAUGGAAAAAUGAACAUAACUAAUAAUUGUUCCCCUAUAAAGUAGAAAUGCAUUAAAAUGAUUUUUCGGUAAACUCGUCACUAUACUUCUUAUACAUAUUUUAUGACUAUAUUGAGGAUACACACAGUACAAUUACAUGGAAUUCCUCAAAUUUCACGUUAGUUAUCUUACAAUAUGCAAAUUCAUCGUGAAAGUUUAAUUUUUCAGCAGAUUUUCCAAGAUUCUUUUGACGCUUUGUUCUUCUCGUACGUUGAGUGGUAUAUUCAUAGGUUUUAUCGUGAACUAUUCACAGUAAUAAAAAAAAACACUUAUGCCAAUAAGGAUUCAGACGUUGUUGAGGUUAUUCUACUAGCAACUUGUGACCUUUUACGUUGAAUAGAUUUUACAGAUGCUUUAUGUAAUAUAGGUAUGUAUGGUUCUGUACAAAAUUCGCAUACUUAAAAUUGAAUUUGACCUAAUCAUUUAAUUACUUCUACGUCUAACACAAACUGCAUUGAUAGAUCAGAAUGUUUAACAAUGAAAUAAUACACGAUAUAUACAAGAUAAAUUAAACAUUACGAUAGUUUAGGAAUAGAGUUGUUUAUGACAGAAUCCUAA